AUGUUCCCCAAGGCUAUAAUCCUCUUCCCAGCGCUUGCGCUGGCAUCGAUAACAAUCGAGGACCCCUCAGAUGUGAUCAAGCCUACCUGGUGGAAGGCAGACAAUGUCAUCAUCCCGGAUUAUGAUAUUGCGAUGAUAAGUACACAACCGUCGGACAUUGAGGCUACUCACAAGGUCGACGACAAAAGUGGCAGCGCAGACCAUGUUACCUGGACGGCCACCGCCAAUGAUACCAGCGUUCUUCUGGUAGCCAAUGAUGCCGAUUUCACCGGGUCCUAUAUCAAUUUCAAGAAGAGCGGGUACGCGACCAAUCUGAACACCGCGAGUUUCUGGGGAUUCAAUGCAGCAAUCAAUGUGGCUAAUGCUUCCACUGCUGUCUUCGAUAAUGUCAAUGUUACUGUACACAAUGGAGCAGCCCAGUUCUACUCCUACGGUACUGACACCGUGAUCAAUGUCACCAACUCCUGGCUAUACUCCUCUGGACCAAUCAGUCAUGGUCUGUACGCAGCUGGUAAUGGAACCAUUCACGGCAAGAAUCUGCAGGUCUAUUCUGGUGGAAAGCGGUCUUCCAGUUUCUCUGGAGAUUCGCCCGGUGGCUAUAUCUACGUUGAGGACAGUAUUGCGCACGCAGCAGGCAUUGGCUCAGCUACCUUCUAUGCAUUGGGACUGAUCGAUGCGAAGAAUGUGGUCAGUCUGUCCGAGAAUGGCCCUGUAGUCUUCUCGGAUGGAGCACAGACGGCUACGUUGGUCAACUGUGACUGCACCGCAGGAUUGUUGGGAGGCGUGGCUAUGUUCAGCAGCUCUACGCGCAAUAGUGGUGCAGUGCUGAACUUGACAGAUACCAAGUUCACUACCCUUGGAAAGGCCAUGCCUGGACUGUGGUUUGGAAACUUGAUUGCCGAUGCUUACUUGAACAAUGCCGAACUCAACACUAAGUCGGGAAUCCUCGUUGUGGCCAACUACUCUCAGAUCACUCAAGACUUUGACUAUUAUGCCGAUUAUGAUGACAACAACAGCCUGAAGCCUGCUGAGGUGACCAUUGCCAUCACCGAGUCAGAUUUGAAGGGCGACCUUGUUGCAUACAACGGCAGCUACAUUGGCUGGUCUCUCAGCAAGUACAGCACCUGGACCGGCGCCGCUUACUCGGGCUACAAGGAAGCCACCUUUGACGUGAGCCUGGACUCGACCAGUACCUGGACCAUGACUGCGGAUACUACCGUACAGAACUUCACCAAUUCUCUGUCCAGCCUAGAGAACAUCUAUAGUCAUGGCCACACUUUGUACUACAACUCGACUGUUAGCACCUGGCUGAAAGGUAAAAGCGUUCGUCUGUCUGGCGGAGGUUAUGCGCGACCUAUUUCGAAAACUUCGAGUCGAGUUCAACGAUCAUACAAGGCUUGA